GGCAAGCCAACCCGGGAGCGAGAAUCGAAACGCUCCUGCCACUGCGAGCUCUCCGGCAGCUUCACCAGCGCGCUCUGUCGCCAGGGCCGUCCGAACUGGUUCGAGCCCGGCUGACUCGGCCAAUCGCGAGGCUCCCGACUCCGGAGAGCCAAUCCGCUUCGGAGAGGUGGGCGGAGGCGACGGAGCGGGUGCGCAGGGGAUGCCUUGUGCGCGCUUAGAGCGCUCGCUUGCUUGCCUGGCGCCGCCGCCGCUCGCCCUCCCGCCAGCUCGCUCCCUUCCGCCGAUCUCGAAAACUUCCAGCGCACUCCGGGCAAAGGAGCAUGCACGGCGGGCGGAGGCGCAGCGCGAAAGCCCAGGCCCCUGGUCCCACGCCGGAUCUCCGCAGCUCUUUGCCAUGAAGCACUGGCUCCCGCACCUUCAGGAUCAGAGGUAAGCUUGGCCGAGGUGAGGGUGUUCCUUUGGAGGGUCCUUCGUGCUGCGCUUUCCUCGUCCAGACGUAACACUGCGCAGGGUGCUUUGACCCGGGAGGGCAGGGAGUUUUCGGAGUCUCGUUCACCCUUUAAAUACACACGUGCCCUAAGGAUUAUGCACGCGAUCCUUCACUCGAUUACUCGGAAGCAAUCCGCCCUUUGUUCCAGAGGGAUUGACGUCGAAGAGUUGGGCAUCGAGGUGUAAAUCUUACGCGGGGAGAUCCGUCGCGCUAGGGUAGGCUUCCUAACGUGCGAAAUUAUGAAUGGAAUCGGCUUCCGAGGGGAGUGGAAUGAAAUGACUGGGGAGCGACAGAGAAGCGACGCGUCGGCAAACUCUGGAGAUAUAUUUGGUGGGGUGUCGAUUAUUUUGAGAUUUAUUCAGCAUCCCCCAGACGUCACAACGUCCCAGAAAAUAAUGGCCAUGUGUUAGAACGUCGAGGCGCCACAACAGCUUUGCUGUUGAAACUUUGAUGUUCAAUUGUGGCGACAAGGAAAGCCUCUGGCACCAGAUUUCUAAAAAUGAAGUUAGGGUGGGGGAUAGAAAGAGUAGGAUGCGGGGUUGAAAAGGAAAGGGCAGAAUGCUGAGGAGAGGAAGCGGAGGUGCAUCCCAGUUCAAGGGGAGCUGAUACAGCAAACGGCAGAUCCCUACUUGCCCCAAGAGAAUGAUGGGGGGAGCUGGGCUACAUUUCCGUGGGCCUUUAAGAGCAGCACAUUUUCAGGCGCCAAGACAGAAAACAGAAAAGGGAAACGAAUUGCAGGUGGAGGCAAAUCUCAGUAGGGAGCUGCAAACCUGGCUAGGUAGCGUUAAUUGGGAAGAGAUGCAUUCCCUACAGCAGUAUGUUGGGAGAAGGUGGGAUGUCAAAAUUGCAUGGAGGUGGCUUAAUAAUCAGACUCGGUAAAGAAGGAGGUGAGUCAGAUGGUGGCUGGGACAGGUGGGAUUAAGUUUAGGUAACAGUGAGCAGUAUGAAGGCUGUAACGGAAUGAUACUGUAGGCCCCAGGCAAAAUGGAAGAAGGGAAAAUGUGCAAGAAAGAAAUGAUUACAAGUGCCAAAAAUGAACCUUUGUUAUAUAUAAUGUCCCUUUUUAUUUAUGUAAACGGGAGUCCCUUAUAAGCAGAAAAACUGGGGGAUAUAUAUGUUGGUAUAAAACUGGUGGGGUUGCAAUUAUGAGUGUUUACAUCUGUCCCUCUCCCUUAUCAUUCACAUAAAAGCGAUUAGGAGAGAUGCCAAUAACAUAGAUGCAAACUUCUGCAAAGUCUCUUGUGUGCAAUCAAAGGGUAUCUGAAUUUUGUUUCCUUUGAUUUGAGCAUACCCACAGAAAGCAAGCGAGUGGCUAAUGUAAAUCCAUUGAAUUCAGUAGGUCUUCUGAGGUCUGCUUCUGAGUAUGACUUGGAUACAACCUUUCAUUUAUUUUUAUUUGUGAGAUGAUACAAAGUAAUGGCUUCGAUACAAAAUAUGGCUACAAGCUUUUUUGGAAUUUGCUUGGUAGAUUUAUCAGUUAACUCCACAGUCGCAAGUAGACACCUUUCCUUAGAAGUAGGUCCCAUUGAUUGCCCAUGGACCAUCCUUUCAAGUAAGCAUGCUCAAACUGCAGCCUAUAGUUUAAAAAUUAAAAUUAUAGUUAAAGAUUAAAAUUCGUCCCUCAGCUGAUUGGCAAGGGCUGAUAUGGAAGAGCAAAUGACUGGGCAGGUUGUACAGAUGGACCCUCUCCUUCCUUGUGCAAAGGUUAAGGGAGAAUAAUCAGAUAACUUUCUUCCCAUUUUUAUCCAAAGCUAUCAGACAUUUUGUGCCUUGGAAUGAAACCAUUGUGGCUUUUCUUCUAGCAAUAAGAACAACAAGCAAUUGAGUCAGUUGAAAUCAAUGUCACUAUCUUUGCUUAGACCUAGAUCAACUGGAAUCCUGGAGGGAACAUUUUGUACCCUGGUUCAAGUAUAAUGGAAAAUAGCUUAUGAAAGACAAUAUUCCAUUUUCUUUUCUUUUAUCCAGUUGUUUGAGUAACUUAUAUGCAGGGGAGCAAGUAGAAGGAACUUUCCUCAUAAAGGCUCUGUAUUUAAAUGCAGUUGAUUAAUUGAUUAAGAUCCAUGUGCUUAAUCAACUUGUAAUUGCUUGACAAACACUGCAUUAAAUAGAUAUUAAGAUUCCUAUGCGGGAAUCAAAACAUAGUUCAGAUUCUUGUGGUUUAGCAUAAUUUUUCUGUGUGACUGGAUAUCAGCCACGGGUUUAUUUUUUCAUCAGGCUGGGAUGAUCAAAUCAGUCACUAUACCAAAUGCAGUGGAUUGACACAAUUUGAAAACUAGGGAGGUUAUUCCCCCACCCCAACGUAACAUGCUGAACCAUGCUUGCUAUCCUAUAUUAUUAUCAUAACUGAAUAUACAAAGCUCCAUUAGAACCUUAAUAUUUGUCCUGAUCAGCACGGAGACAUAUGCAUAUAAAAUCUCUUCAGGAACAGCAAACCAUUCUUUUUGCUAAAUACUUCAAAUCAAGCAAAAUACUAAGUUCAAAAUAAUGCACAAUAAACAAAUACAUUCUCACAGAGUCAAUGUUUGCGUGUAAUUUCAAAUAAUGUAUUCCUUAGCAAAGCAUGCUUAAGAGAUUCUGUAGGCAUAGGAUGGGAGAAUAGAGAACAAGAAACCUCGUAAUCCAACCAGUUAAGCAGUUUAAGGGAGAGAGAUUUCAGCAAGUGCUUAAUACUCCUGUGGAAAUCAAUGAAUUAAUAUCAAACUUUGGCUGGGUAAUUCUCCAGCUUGAUAAUGUAUCCCAAAGAUUUGCUUAUCGUUGUUGCUGGCAUCUGGUUAAAUUCUAAAUUGGUUACAUUGUUUUUUGGAAGAUGUCCCAAAGAGGAAAUAGCAUUUCUGGUGAGGCCUGUAUAGGGUGUGUAAUUAUUAUUCUCUUUCCUUUUUUAAAAAACAACAUUAGACAUAAUUAAAAGAGCAAGAUGGUUUCAUUUUGUUAAAAGCAUUGGAUCCAUAGUUUCUUUAACUUUUCUCUUACUUCCCACGGAUUUGUAAAAUCAUGUCCAUUGGUAGGGAAGUCUCCGAACCAUCAAUACCUUCUGGUAGUUUAAUUCAUUUGCCUUUCUGCUUUUUAUCACAAAAUACUUGUGCUGUCUAAAAUGCCCUUUUUAUUCAUAUCUGCCUUUAUUUUUGUGUUUAUUUAAUAAACGUAUCGGUCACUUUUCAGCAAAAGCAGCUCUCUCAAAGUGACUUACCAAGAAGAAAAUAUGUAAUUAUUACUCAUAUCCAUUAACAUUACUACAAAGUUGGACUCAGUUCAAAACCAGGAGCCUGAGUUGGAAUGCCUGGCUGUUAAAGAAUCAGAUGGAAAUCUUUCUAUUUUAUUUUUCUACAAGGACUUGCAAAGGCACAGAGAAUAUUUUCGUAAGAAAUCCAUCACUGUUUUUGCUUUAGUAUUCUUAAAAUUAUAUGAAACUUUUCUGGCUGACUGCCUAAGGCAGCUAUGGGUAGUCAACACGGUGCCUUCUAGAUGUUUGACUCUAGAUCAGUGGUUCUCAACCUGUGGGUCCCCAAAUGUUGUUGGACUACAACUCCCAUCAUCCCUGAGCUCUGGCCUUGCUAGCUAGGGGUGAUGGGAGUUGUAGUUCCACAACAUCUGGGGACCCACAGGUUGAGAAAGGCUGCUCUAGAUGGUCCCAUCAGCUCUAGCCAGCAUAGCUAAUGGACAGGGAGCAUGGGAGUUGCAGUGCAUCUGAAGGGUGUGGCACCAGCUAUCCUUUCCUUAAGCUGUUGGAAGCCUCUCUUUUGAACUUCAUUUAUCUUGAGGGUGGAGAAGCUGUAGUGCUGAUCAGUCAUCCCUGAUCAGUGGCUAUGGUGGCUGUGAGAGUUCACUGACAUUUGGAGGGCCAUAGCUUCCCCAUCCACGAGCUAACCAUAUGCUUCUCUUUUAAAGUUCAGCUGCAGAAAUAGCUUAGCAACAAUUUCAAGUGAAAGUUAAAUAGAAUAGCUUUAUCAUAGCUGUCCUGUCCUACAUUUCUGAUGUAUUCUUUCUUUUGGGUGGGGUGGGGGAGAGAGAAGCCCUGGGUAUUUGAAGCAGAACAUAAGUGACAGAAAGAAUUCCAGUGCGAUUCCUGCUAUUGAACGGCUGCUUUUCUAAAUGACUAUGUUGUCUUUUCUAAAUGACUAUGUAGGGACGCGGGUGGCGCUGUGGGUAAAACCUCAGUGCCUAGGACUUGCUGAUCGUAAGGUCGGCGGUUUGAAUCCCCGCGGCGGGGUGAGCUCCUGCCCACCUAGCAGUUCGAAAGCACCCUUAAGUGCAAGUAGAUAAAUAGGCACCGCUUUAUAGCGGGAAGGUAAACGGCGUUUCUGUGUGCGGCGCUGGUGCUGGCUCGCCAGAUGCCGCUUAGUCACGCUGGCCACGUGACCCGGAAGUGUCUCUGGACAGCACUGGCUCCCGGCCUCUUGAGCGAGAUGAGCGUGCAACCCUAGAGUCGGACACGACUGGCCCGCAUGGGCAUGGGUACCUUUACCUUUACCUAUGUUGUCUUCAGCCACAAGUGGCUCUCCAUAUGUAGACACCAGGGGGACUACCAGUGAUGGCAGACUUGGGCAGCUGGCUCAAAGCAUGCAGGGUGUUUCUUGAGGACACAACAAACCAACCAACCAACAGCCAGCAACUGUUACAGCCGUUUCUCAUGAAUCGUUGCCAUCCGUAUUUCUCUUGUCUCAAGAUGUGUGGCCUCAGAGAUGUUUUGCAUAUCCCAUGUUGAGUAGAUCACAAAUGAGGCCUGCAAGUCAACUGUACCUCUAUGUGGGUUGCCUUUUCUUUUUCCUAGUUAUACCCAGGGCUUUUUUCCAGCCGGAACUCACCAGAACUCAUUUCUGGCACCUCUCAGGUGGGCACAAUUGCCAUUACAAGACUUUGGAGCUUUGUGCUGGACUUUGGAGCUUUGCAGAAUGAAGAAAGCGAGUCGAUUCCACAGUACCCACAUCUCCAACCCUGCUCACUCUCGGGGCUCUUACUAGAGCUUACUGGGGAGCAGGGGAUUCGCUAAGGGUACCUGCUGGAACUCCAGGUUCUCAGAAUGCUCAGUCUGAGGUUUUUUGUGGGGUUCCGCAAUGCUCUCGCAGUCACCCCAAUCUUCAAAGCAUGAGGGCUCUUUCAGCCGAAAGAGCUCCCGUCCGUCAUUAAUCGGGAGACCAAUCAGAAGUCCAUGGCUGUUAUUUUCCAAGAUACAUGACAUAGAGCAAUGUAACUGGUACAGCAGUACCACACAGAAGUGGUGAUGGAGGGACACUACUCUGGCCACAUUCAUACCAUACAACCUUUUCAGUACAUGAAACUAGACUCAGGGGUUCUAGACUCGGGCAUUGAAGGAAUAGGGUGGCCAUAAAACUAUUUGGGAACUUGCCUACUUGUCCUCUCCCUCUUUAAGCUGAAUAAUUACAAUGAUGUAGGCUGGUGUUCCUCAGUAGGUAAGGUUGUCUUUGUGUUCCCUGCUCUGAAUGAUGUGAGCAGUGUAGCGACCCAUGAAAGAGUCAUUUUGGUGGGGCUUCGUUGUGGUGGUCUCCCCACUGAAGUGCAUCUUGCCUCCACAACAUAUUUGCUGUGACAGGUGAGGAUGUCUCUCUCCUGCUAGCCUUCUAGAGGUGAGGUCUUCUAGAGAUCUUCACCCUCCAUUUUAAGUAUGAUGCUACUAUUAUAAUAGUUAUGAAUGAGUUGUAUCCAACUUAUUUUGACUCAGAGUAGAUCCAUUUGAAUUAAUGGACCCAAGUGAGUAAUGUCAAUUGAUUUCAAUGAGUCUACUCUGAGUAAGUCUAACACCAGAGACAACCCUAAACAUUUUAUUUGAAUUUGGCUUUAAUAAUUGUAUUCUAUAUUAUAUUUUGUUGUUCGUGACUGUUGUGGGGAAUGGGUGAUAUAAAAAAAACACCUUAAUAAAUAAACUCCACAUUGACCAAGCUGGCUAGGGCAGAUGGGUGCUGGAGUCCCACAACGUCUGCAGAAGGCUGGGGUGUAGUGCAUGGGCUGACUUUUAACAUUAUGGGAUUUCAAUGCCGUCACAAUUUGGAGGUUUGUCAGCAUUGUGGAUUUAGUUGCAGCUGCUGUGACUCAAGAAAGUAGGAUUGCAGAAUAAAUCCCCCAAAAGAAAUCUUCUAAUCAACCCAGCAGUAUUGAGAUUAUUGUCUGAAGGAGGAAAAGUAGGCCUGGGGAAAUGGAACCCAUGUAAGAACUCUGGGCUUUCUCCAGAAUAUGAGUUUUUCUCUGAAAAAUGUCAUUACAGUACUAACAGGCUUUAAAUAGUGCCAAAAACUGGAAAGCCCCUUCCUAAAGUAUUGUUUCCAUCUGUGAAGAGGAUUUUGGAAUAGGAGUGGCCACACAGCUUGAAAAGGAUGAAUGGAGGAUAAUCUCUAUUUUUCUGUGUGUCCAAUAGAGACAGAAACCUUAUACAGAGCGCAGAAGCUGCAGCAUUCAACUCCUUGUGUUUUGAAACACAAAACCUCCAUUUCACAGUCUCUGUGUGUAGAUAAAACCAUACAGGGGGUUUUCUCCUGAGAUUCUCUCCUCAACAGUCAUUAGCAGAGUUGUUUAUGAUUGGCUGUGAAGGAUCAAUCUGCGUUUUUGGUUUUGUUCUUAUAACUCAGAGGAUAAUGCAACAUAGGAACUAGAGUAAAACUAUAGCAGUACUCUUGGUUAAAGAGUGGAGGUGUUUUUUGUGCUUUUAAAAAGAAUACCUUAUAUAAUAAACCAGUAAAGUAGUCUGUGCCCUAGAUAGGUGUUUUUCACAUUUGAAAUCCAGAACUUAUUUUUCAGAGCUUGAUUUGUAAGAAUCAACCCAAAGCUUGAUUCCUAAGAAUCCAGGGGCUGCUUGAAAGUUUAGCAAGACAAACUGGUCCCAGGUUGACCCAGUAGCAAAUCUGCAACCAGUGCAAAUCUCCGAGCACAGGUGUUGUACGUUGACAAGACCUCAUUCCUGUCAGCAAUUGUUCUGCAGCAUUCUUCACUAACUGUAGCUUCUGGAUCAAGAAUGAGGGAAGACCCAAUAAGUAGAAAUAGAUUAAUAGAGUAUUAAAGGGAAAAAUAAGGUUAGAAUGUGUUAAGAUAAUUAUAGGAUAGAAAGCAGAGGAAGAUGGUAAGGAAUUGCUGAAACAAUUAAGAGAAGUGGAAUACAAAAAGGGAGGUGUGAGGAGGUCAUUGAAAUAAGUGAAUGAAAGAUAAGAUAUUGAAAUUGUUUGAUGUGUUUUAAACUGUUUUUGUUUUGUUUUGUUAGUUUAAUGUGUUAGUGUUAUGUAGUGUUUUUGUAUUGUAUUGUUCAUUUUUUUUGUAGUGUUUAAAUUGUUGGAAAAGUAAUAAAUAUUAUUUUAAAAAAAAAAGAAUGAGGGAAGACCCACAUGGAGCGCAUUGCAGCAAUGCAGUCUUGGAAGUAAUCGGGUUAAACCAUGAACUACUGUGGCAAGGCUUUCCCAAUCCAUGAACGCCUGCAGCUGUCAAACCAGAUGCAGUUGCUGACAGGAAAUUCCUGGAUGCAGAAGAACCCUCAAACUUCAAACCUUCUCCUUUGGGGGAAUCCAGGGUAAGCAGCAGACCAGUUUCUCAGUCACGGGAAUGACUCACCCACAGUUUCAUUCUUCAUUAUUUUUCUGCUCCUUUCCAUUCAAAUAUCUUGGGGUGUUUAUCAUGUUGGUCUUCAAGGUGGUGGCACAAAAUGUUAUUGCUUUACUCAAUACAGCUAUGACUCAGGCAGUCUUCGGAAGUAUCAUGGUAAAUGAGAGCAGACAAGCUGUGUGUCUCACCUAUUGCAAACAUGAAUGCUUGGUGUACUGAAAACUAGUCACUGUUGGCAUGUAAACUAUGCUAAAUAAUUUCCCUAUGUUAGCAUCACAUCUCUCUGCCUCUUGCCCCCCUCGGUACCUGACUAUGAAUGCUAUCUGUAACUAUUUGAACCAGUGAAUUAAGCAGUGUAUCAGUGCUUUGUAGAUUACGGAUAUUUAAGGCAAUGUGGAAGAUAGCUUUGGUUUCUCUUCUUUUAUGCAAACUUGCCCAAUUGUUAUAACAGAAGAGAUUAGAAACAGUGAGUUUUAGCUUCCUGUGUAUCUUAAUAUUAUUAUUAUUAAUGGGGAUGAAUGGCAGGCAUCUGGGAUACUUUGGGCUCAGUAAUAGAUGUCUAAAAUAUGUGCAGGCCAUUUUUAUUUGUUUGAUGACAUAAAUUGUAUUAAAUUUGGUGCAAUCAAAUCCUGGCAUUUCAUACCUCUUGGAUUCUAUGUUUAUAAAAUGUUUGUUGGCUUGCUGGAGCUAGCCAUGUGGUUGAAAGGGAUGACAAGAUAGCAUUAUGAGUUGCUGACCUUCUGUGCUUUUUCGUGUAAUCACCAGUAAUGAUCCCUACAUCUGAAUAUUAAGCUAGGGUUUUCUGGUGCCUGAACAUCCCUGUUGAAUGAAACCAGCAGCAUGCCCUUGCGGAGUUAACAUACUGCAGUCAAGGAAUUUGUAAAAGAGAUCUGCCUGGCCUUUCAUGACAUUUUAGUUGAACAGACUUGAAUCUGCUCCUCUAUCUGGCUUUGACAUAAAUUCAUAGUAGUAUCCUUAAUCACUUCCCUACAAAGCCCUGUUCCAGGAUUCAGUCGUUCACUAAUGCAGCGUUCGAGAAAUAGCAUGCUGAUUCUUCUGACAAGGAUUAGUGCAUUCUAAACAUCCUGGUGAGUUUUUUGCCCCCUUCCCAAUAAUACUGUCAUUGUGACUGCAGAGGUGAAUUUCUGGAAAAUAAUUCAGUCCAAAAAUAUAUUUUAGUCAACCUAUUGCAAUAAUUACAUUUCGUAUCUUCCUCCGUGACAUUUCAUCUUUUCCUCAUUCCCAAUUAUGCUUUAAAUUUUCACUGUGCUUUUUAUGUGUAUUUUUGCUUUCACCUACGGAAAACUGCUGGAAACCAUAGGUUUCCAUGUAUAGGACUAGGCGGCGGCUGUUUAGCCUAGUACUGUCUACAGUGACAGGUGUAUUUGGGGGAUCCAGGGACCACAGGUAUAAAAUUUACGGCAUGUAAUGCCUUAAGAGAGAAUAUUAUGAAAAUGAUAUACAGGUGGUACAUGACACCAGUCAAGCUUGCAAAAAUCUAUCAUUUGCCCGAUAAUAAAUGUUGGAAAUGUAAAGAAACCGAAGGUACAUUCUUUCACCUUUGGUGGACGUGCCCAAGGAUUAAGGCUUUCUGGGAGAUGAUUUAUAAUGAAAUGAAAAGGGUAUUUAAAUAUACCUUUCUGAAGAAACCAGAGGCCUUUCUCCUGGGCAUGGUCGGCCAAAUGGUGCUAAAGGAGGAGAGAACUUUCUUUAUGUAUGCCACAACAGCAGCAAGAAUACUUAUUGCAAAGUAUUGGAAGACACAAGACCUACCCACUCUGGAAGAAUGGCAGAUGAAGGUGAUGGACUACAUGGAAUUGGCGGAAAUUACUGGCAGAAUCCGAGACCAGGGAGAAGAGUCGGUGGAAGAAGAUUGGAAGAAAUUUAAAGACUAUUUACAGAAAUAUUGCAAAAUUAAUGAAUGUUAGAAUGAUGUUGGAAUGAAGCUAGGUGGUUUAAGCAGUAAUGCUAUAAAGGUGUAUGUAAAAAGGAUUGAUAACAGAUGAAAAUUUAAAGUUAUAGUAUAUUAAGUUAAAGGAUCAUGAGAAAACAAAGAGGGAAAGAAAUUGCUGACUUAACUAAUUGAACUGGAAUACAAAAAAAGGAGGUAUGAGGAGGUCAGGGAAACAAGGAUAUGAAUGUAAGCUAUGGAAAGAUUGAUCCAUUUUUCUUUUUUUCUUUUUAAGUGUUUUUUAUUCUCUUAUUUUGUAUUUUGUAUUUUUCUUGUAUUUUUACUUUUUGUUUUUGUGUAAUUCUUUUUUCUCUCUGAAAUUUUAAUAAAUAUCAUUUUUUUUAAAAAAAGAAUCAUUUUAAAAUGUACUGUCCACUUUUCCUCUGGGCUGCAUCAUUUCGGAUUCCAGAUGAGGGCUCACAUAAUUGAAUGUUGCUCUCUGUAAACAGAAAAGCUUGUAUGACAGGGAGCAUGCUAGAUUACAGUCCUGUUCACCAGCAUCUAAUUUUCUAGGUAGGGGUUUUUUACCUUGUUUUUCUUGCCUAGAGAAGCAUUUGGUCAUAUGGUACAGCCUACAUGUAGGUAUCUCAGUUUUCUUUAUUUACAAAGUGGGAGCUGUGUCAAGAUGUUGCGAUAUGGAGUGUUCUUUUCAGGAAUUCAGCCACUCUUUUCCACCACCACCACCACCACCUCUUUUCUGAUUUUUUAAAAUAAAUAUUAUUGUCCCCCUACAGUUAAUCAGAAUUUCAUGACUCCUGGGCACACUCAGUACUCAUUGGAUUGUUUUGAGGGUCCUCCCUCUAGGAUUUCUCUUCUAAAGUUUUUUUGUACUGCUACAAAACUUGGCAUUCACACAGCCCUGCUGAUCUCUCUGUCGCGCGUGUGUGCAUGCACAGCAAUGUUUUGAAUGUGUAUGCAAUGGUGCUCACCAUCUGAACAUCAGAAAUGGAGCAGAGUGUUUAGAGAGCUAAUAUCCAACAUUUUAAGUAUAUAGAAUCCUUAAAGUAGCUGACAAAUAAAAACAGAAAUAGGUAAAUAGUCAUAAACAGUAUUUAUCUUAAGGGUCACAAAAGCUUGUGAAGCAGUAACUUCAUUAUUCUAGCCAAUAAUGGAGGCUGUUCUGCUUUUAAUGGGUUUCUAACAUUGGGUUAGAAUCCCCUUCCUUUUUCAUCAGUGAUACAGUGGUACCUUGAUCUACGAACUUAAUCCAUUCUGGAAGUCCGUUCUUAAACCAAAGUGUUUUUAAACCAAGGCGUGCUUUCCCAUAGCAGCGGAGGACUCAGUUUACAAAUGGAACACACUCAACAGGAAACAGAACAUGUUCUGCUUCCAAGGCAAAGUUCACAAACCAAAACACCUACUUCCGGGUGUUAAGUUGUUCAUAAAUUAAGCUGUUCUUAAUCCAAGGUACCACUGUACAAAGAAUGGUGUUUGAAUUUCCUCUUUUAUAUUCUGAUUUGAGGGGAACCCAUAACUGAUGAAUAUUUACAUUAGAUUUUGUAAUCUUCCACUUUCCAUUUCGUGUUAAUGAUGUUCAGAAGCAAUUCAGAGGUUUUUUGGGGUUUCUUAAAGGGUUCUGGCAACAUCAUAUAUGAGAAAACUGUUGGUUAGCAAACUUACUGGGUGCUGUUGGACUUGAUAGUUGCCUCUUGGCUGACCCUAUUUUUUAGUGCUGAUGUGAUAUUAAAAUUAGAUUGGAGAUAUAUUGCCAUCCUGAAGCAAUUUGAUGGGACAUUAGAGUAAUUUCUGAAUAAGUAAUCAGUACCAUGCUAUAAUCUGGUUACACGGUAGGUCUGUUCUUUUCAAAGUGGAGAGUAUUUUCUCCUUGGUUUAAAAUUUAGAAGCAAAGAAUCAUUCUUCCCAAGUACACGAUAUAGCAAAUAUAAAAAGUCAUAAACCCAUGUUGCCCCCUGUAUUCACUGCUACUGGCAGCAUACUUUUGAGAAGGGUCUUAGAGAACAGGAGUUUUCAAGAUCAGUGACAGUGGUCAUCCCAAAGUUUUGAAGCAACUGAUUGAAUAUUUUUAAAUGUCAACAAAUCUUCAUAACCCUGAGCAUUAAAUGUAGCACUCAUGGGACACUAUUGUCUUUUGAUAUGUGGUUCUAGAAACUGGAGGGAAGGGUUAUGAAGGGGUGAACAUCUGCUUAAAUUCUCCUCGUCGCUGAUGGAAAGAGGGACAUUUGCAAGAAUUCUUUCCCCAACCUGUCCCCAUUAUACCUUUCACACAAAUACCCCACCAGCAUUUUCUGCAUUGGGACAUCAGAGAAAACUGGAGGAGGCAACCGUUGGCUACCGCAAGAGGCACAGACUGCAAAUUAAGAGACACAAGUCUCUGGAAUUGUGGCAUAAGAAGAAAUCCUGCAAGCAAGCAGCAUAUAAUGCCUCCCAGUCUGACUUAGAGGCUUCUAUUGCCAUACAAGAUCAAAUGAAGCAAAUGGGCUGCUUGGCUGUGUGAUUCACACUGGAGCCUAUGGGAACUUAUAACCUGCAGUCCUAGGUGAGUCACCACAUAGACCAGUAGAAAACAGACCUGACACCUUCAGUUUCUAGAUCUGGCAACUCAUGACAAGAGGAUAGCCUAUUUCCUCCAUCCAAUUAAAUGGGUGGGCAGGGUGAGCUUGCCCCUAAUUUUCUGCUGUAAGUCUUCAUGUUCUUUGUGACUCUCAGUACCUCAUUUGGGCUGCUGAUUUUGUUUUUAAUAAUGUGUUUGUUAGCAUGUCUUGGUGGCAUGCACAUCCUUGUUAUUACUUGGUAACUCAUUGGCUGGUGUUGGUUGCUUGUUUACUGCCACUGUUGGGAAAAGAAAAGAAAGGAUCAGCAGAUCAUUUGGAAAGUGUGAUGUGGCAUGCAGGUUGCUUAUUAAACACUUAAAAAUGUGAAUACUUGGGCAAAACUAACACAGAGCAAAGUAGCACUCAAAACAUAAUGUUUGUCACUGCAUGUUUCUUAAUGCAACCAGUACCAUGCCUGUUGAUAGAAGUCAAUUUGUGCCUAAUAAACAAUCCAAAUGAUUAGGGCAUGGUUAAUUUAACUACCCAUCUAAAAAUUCUUCCUACCUAAGAUUCAUGCGGAAUGGUUGUCUAGGAAAUUUUCUAUUUUGGUUGUAGCCAGAAACAUAGAAACAGCUCAAACUUAGCCUAUCACACUGAAUUGUUCCUGCUUGGUUGGUAAUCAAAAUUUCAUGAAAGCUCCAUUUGAACCAAAGUCCUGAAUUUCCAAGAGCUCAGCGCCUCUUGAACUGCAUAAACUGGAGGAAAAUGAAGGUGGAUCUCCAUUUGUUCUGGGGAUAAUGGCUCAGCACAGAUCCUUAGUCCUCCUCUCCAUUAAUGCUCUCUAUCCCCCCUCCCAAUCCCCAAAUGACUAUCAGAUUUGAUGAGCUGGAGAAAAGAAAGGAUUGAGUGUUCCAGUCCUUCCUGUCCCCAUUCCUCUUAAUGUCCACCCUCACUGCCCAUCUUUCCACCUUUAAGCUUGAAUGUAAUUAACACAAUCUGUAUUUCAUUGUCCUCUGACGUCACUGUUUCCAUUCCUCAAACCCCACACCCAUGUCUGCGAUACAUCAUGCCAGAAUGAAUUUGUUAAGUCUUUGAUAUGUCGUGAGACUUGGUGGUUUUUACUGAGAACUAAUGGAGCCUGCAUCUGCAUUGCCCUAAUUUGGAUUCAGUUUUUUCCUAAGUUAAGUGCAGAGGCAGCCAAUAUGGUACCCCACAUUGGGCUACAACUCCUGUUGGCCAUGUUGACUCGGGCUGCUGGGAGAUGUAGUUCAUCAACAUCAAGAGGGCACCUCAUUGGCUACUCCUUGUCUAGUCUGUGUUGGAAUGUUAGAAGACCCAUCUUUUGCCUAGGAUCUUAAACAGGUGUUUGAGAUGUUUACCGCAUGUUCAUAAUUUGAGUUUCUGUGAUGCUGAAUUUAGCUUAACUUGGUGCGGAAUUACAGAAGUGUUAUACCAAGUUCUAAAAGUCCUGCUUCAUAGUUGGCAACCUCAAAAGGUAUUAUGUACUCUCCAUUAGUAUUUCAGAGUGGCAUGUUAAUACACUAAUAUCCUAAUGUAGGAGUGUAGGACAAAGCAGGCCUCUGUCAUAGAAUUUACAGUCAGAAUAAUCGUUUUGGGUACCUUUUUUAACAAAAGCCAACAGCGUUACAAGUAGAAUAUUUAAAGGGGAUAAUAAACUCCAUAGAGCUGCCCAACUCUUCCACAAAGCAGGAUCUGUCUAAUCCAGUGUGCCAGAAAAAGAAAAGAGGCUCAUGACAGAUCUCUCCAGGUGAAUGUUUCAUUUGCAUCAGCAUUGUGGGGAUGAUAACACCCACACACCCAUUCCUGGUUAUACAGUGGUACCUCUGGUUGUGAAAGGGGUCCGUUCCACAGCCCCGUUUGCAACAUGAGCAGAACGCAACCUGCGUCUGAGCGUGCGCGGGUCACGAUUCGCCGCUUCUGUGCAUGUGCGUGACGUCAUUUUGAGCGUCUGCGCAAGCGGUGAAACCCGGAAGUAACCCUUUCUGGUACUUCUGGGUCGCCGUGGGACGCAACCUGAAAAGAUUUAACCGGAAGCAAAAUUAACAAGAGGUAUGACUGCACAGCAUUUAAAAAGCCCAAAUAUUAUUUUACUUGUAUUUAAUUUAUCUAGAACACCAAGUCCAAAUAUUAUUUGAAUUUUACAAUGCUAGGCUUUAAUCACUGCCACCCCUCUCUCUGUGGAUGUGGGUGUGAAUAAUCCUUCAAUUUCUUGUAAUAAAGAAGCCAUUGUUUGAGUGACAGGAAUGAUUAUUAUUAUUAUUACUAUUAUUAAAUGUUGUUUGGUUGUAACACCUACAGUAUUUAUCUUAAAAGUCCCAUAAUAAGAGAAUUGUUUGCUGCAGAUGGGUUUGCAUCCAUAUAAUUUUUUAAAAAAAGGAAAAACUCCUGAUGCACAUUUGAGUCAUCUAGUUCCCUCCAACAAUGCAGUGAAAACAAGCCAUAAUAUUCCUGAUUCAUUUACAAUACAACUAAAAAAAUUGUUUUUAUCGGGCGGGGGGGGGGGGAGAGUAUCCUAGCAGAAGACCUUUCUAUCCUGUUUCAUAAAAUUGAUACACUGCUAGAUUAUAGAAAACCUCAAAGCUGUUUACAAAAAGAUAAAACAAUAAAAUCUAGUGCGUUUUCUGUGAGUCUAACAACUAAAAUUGCCAACUUUUAUUUUCUCUCCCUCCCACUUAUUUCAUAUUAGGGCGCAGAAGAAAUCACCCUUAUAUUUAGACCAAACACAUUUUUCUUUAUUACCCAUGUAGAAAAUCCAAAACAGAUGGGUAAACAUAGAUAUUUGUUGUUAACACUUAAUUAUUCUCAUUUGAAGAAGAUUUAAAAUGGGGAAAAUACAGAAUUUUGGGGUUUGGGGCAAAAUGUACAAAUGUAAGACUGGCAUUUUGAUCCUUACUUAAAACAUCCCCAAGCUCUGUUGGAUUUGAACAUUUUAAUUCUAAGUACAUUUGUGAUUAUUUUGCUAACAAAGUCAACAUUAUUUCAAAUUCUGCAAUAGCAAUUCACAAGAACACUAGCAUUUCAAUACUUGUGGCUUCUAGUGUCAAGGUUAUGAACAUUAAAAUAAUAUCAUUUGAACAAAUAUAGUUGAAAUGGAGAGGGAAGCUUGGAUUUUUACUAUAAACGUAGCUUUUUGUGAGUGGGGUAGGAGGAAGCCAUGCAAACUAUGAUCAGAAUAGUUUCCAAACCAGAGUUUCAGCUGCUGCCAUUUUUUAGACUUAUUUUCAUAAACACUCUACGGUCAUGGGCUGUAUGCCCCUAAAUACCAGUCUGGGGCAGGAGAUGGAUAUUGCACUCAUGUCCUACUUGAGGGAAAGGAUUGUGUUCUUAAUCUUGUUUUGGGUUCUGAGGACCUCUUGAGAAUCUGCAGUCUUUGGGCUAAACUGAUGUGAUAUUGAUUGCGUGAAUGCAAAAGCGUGCCUGUUUGUUUGUUUUUGCAGUGGUUUUCAACAGCACAGAGACUUCACCUGAAUAUCUUCCUUUCAUGUUAGACAAGGGGGAGGUUGUGUGAGGAAGGACCUCUAGAGGUGUGCAAGUCCUGUGUGAACACAUUUUUGCCAGUGAAUAUAGGGGGAAUGGCACAGUCAGUCUUCUUAUCAAGUGAGUACCACUCGUGGUGAUGGGUAAACAAGAACUUUGCUACCCAUCUGUAAUGUGGAAACAGUAGUGACCCAUAUCACAGGAUAAUCUUGAGGAUAAGCCCAUGAGAAUGAUAAAUACAGCUGAAACAUGCUAGAUACACAAUACAGAAUGAAACUUAGAGUGGUGAAUGGCACUAUUUAGUGGGAAGAAACCCAAAUUAAAAUACUUAUUACAUAUUUUUACAUGGCUGUUUAUUUGUAUACAUUUUAGAAUUUUAUAUAUGGAUGUUUUAUGAUCACCAAACCAUUAUUAGGCAUUACAAAUAUAGGUUAAGUUGUAAAAGUGGACUGAAACUUCAGUCAAAAAAACUGAUAAUGCCGGAAUUGACCACUGGAACCCUAAGGAUGCAGCACAAAUGAAUCUGCGAGAUUUUGGCACUUGAAGUUAGUUUGUUAUAGUAAAAGAAUGCUAUUUGCAAAUGUAUACUGUCUGGUUCAGAAUUUCCACAAGGUGCAGAGUAACAGUGUUACCUAAUCAGGAGGUAUCUUUUGCUUAUGAUGCAAGUUGCUAGGCAAUGGAGAAGAAGAAAAAAUAACCAGGCUGUUCUGUGUUGGUGCUUCAUAAUAAUAAGUCACUUAGCAGUGCAGGCAUAUUUAAGGGAGCCCAAGCCUUCUAAGAACACACAUUUUUUCUUACACUGUAAACUCACAUUAUCAUUCACUUUUUGCUAUCAUUGCUUGUUGAAGCAAUAGGGAACAAUCUUGUAAAGGUAGCUUUUAAUUCCGAUCUUAUCCUUCACCCUUCUGCCCUCAAAGUGACCCUAAUACCAUGAAACAAAAAUUGCCUGUGGUUGCAGAAGAAUAGAAUGCAGACAAUACCAGACAAUAGCAGCAGAACCAAGUACAGUGGUACCUCGGGUUAAGUACUUAAUUCGUUCCGGAGGUCCAUUGUUAACCUGAAACUGUUCUUAACCUGAAGCACCACUUUAGCUAGAGGGGCCUCCCGCUGCCACUGUUCUCAUCCUGAAGCAAAGUUCUUAACCUGAGGUAAUAUUUCUGGGUUAGUGGAGUCUGUAACCUGAAGCGUAUGUAACCCGAGGUACCACUGUAUGUGCAAACUAACUACAUAGGGAGGGCAGCAAUAAGAUCAUAUAUUUCAACCUACAAAAAACACUUCCACAAGAACUGGGCUUUAGGUAGCUGUACAAUCAUUUGAACUUGCUUGCCCAGGGUAGGCAUUAGUGCAAAUCUAACACUGGAUCUCCUGGGACGCUGGCAUUGCCAGCUAGGAUACCAGGAUUUCAUCCAGGUCACCCAUAUGGGAAACCAAUUCAAAUAUGCCCACAGGUAGGGAUGAAAGGAUCUGUCAAUUCCAUUUCUUUACGUUCCUCAUUUUUCCCAGUCUUAAAUUUGGUUCUCCACAUUUACGAAUUUUCAUUUUAAUCUUAAUCAUGAAAAUUAUUCAGCAUUUUAGUGAAAUUUUCUCCUAAUGAAUAUAUUUUUGUGUGCACACAUUGAUGUACACAUUUUGCAAGCAGUUUCUCCUAAGGCAUGUUCUUGGUUAUUUUUAGCCAAAUAUUCGGGUUUUUUGCACACAUUCACCUAAUACGUGCAUUUUUUUAAAAAAUGAGAAACAGCAUCGCAAAAUUCAGAUUAGUGGGAAUUUUAGAGUAUGGCUGUUUCUGUUCUCAUAUUGGAUCAGAAAGUGCAAAUCUGAUAAAUUCAGCUUCCUAUGUGAACUGAAUUGAUUUUCUCUCCAUCCCUACCCACAGAUUACAUUCUUCUCAGGAGCAUAUGAAUAAGCCUUCAUAUGUCUGGCAUCUUGACUAUUCCUUUUUUUUAAAAAAAAAGAUAUUUAUUAAGAUUUUCAAAAUGUUACAAAACAAAAACAAACAAAAAAAGUACAAAAAUAAAAAUAGCUAAAAAUUUCUCAAUCUUUCCAUUACUUAUUUUUCAUUAGCUUAUUUCCCGGACCUCCUCAUGCCUCCCUUUUUUUGUAUUCCAGUUCAGUUUGUUGAUUCAGCAAAUCCUUACCCUCUUUGUUUAUCCUAGUCUUUAAUCUUAAAGUAUUGUAACGUUAAAUUUUUACCUAUUAAUAAUCCAUUUUUCAUAUUCCCUUAUAGUAUUACAGCUGAAAACCACUUAAUUUCUAUCCAACAUCAUUCUAACAUUCAUUAAUUUUACAAUAUUUCUGUAGAUAGUCCUUAAAUUUCUUCCAAUCUUCUUCCACCGACUCUUCUCCCUGGUCUCGGAUUCUGCCAGUCAUUUCCGCCAGUUCCAUAUAGUCCAUCACCUUCAUCUGCCAUUCUUCCAGAGUGGGUAGAUCUUGUGUCUUCCAAUACUUUGCAAUGAGUAUUCUUGCUGCUGUUGUGGCAUACAUAAAAAAAGUUCUGUCCUUCUUUGGCACCAAUUGGCCGACUAUGCCCAGGAGAAAGGCCUCUGGUUUCUUCAAGAAGGUAUAUUUAAAUACCUUUUUCAAUUCAUUAUAUAUCAUCUCCCAGAAAGCCUUAAUCCUUGGGCACGUCCACCAAAGGUGAAAGAAUGUACCUUCAGUUUCUUUACAUUUCCAACAUUUGUUAUCGGGCAAAUGAUAAAUUUUUGCAAGCUUGACUGGGGUCAUGUACCACCUGUAUAUCAUUUUCAUAAUAUUCUCUCUUAAGGCAUUACAUGCCGUAAACUUCAUACCUGUGGUCCAUAACUGUUCCCAGUCAGCCAUCAUUAUGUUAUGUCCAACAUCUUGUGCCCAUUUGAUCAUAGCAGAUUUCACCGUUUCAUCCUGAGUAUUCCAUUUCAACAGCAAGUUAUACAUCUUUGACAAAAUCUUAGUUUUGGGUUCUAACAGUUCUGUUUCUAAUUUUGAUUUUUCCACCUGGAAACCAAUUUUCUUGUCCAAAUUAUAUGCCUCCAUUAUCUGAUAGUAAUGAAGCCAGUCUCGCACUUUGUUUUAAUUUCUCAAAACUCUGCAAUUUCAGUCUAUCUCCAUCUUGUUCCAAAAUUUCCCAAUAUUUCGGCCAUUUGGCCUCCAUAUUGAGCUUUUUCAGAGCUUUCGCUUCCAUCGGUGACAGCCACCUUGGGGUUUUAUUUUCCAAUAAGUCCUUAUAUCUUAUCCAAACAUUAAACAAUGCUUUCCUGACAAUAUGGUUUUUAAAUGCUUUAUGUGCUUUGACCUUAUCAUACCACAGAUAUGCAUGCCAUCCAAAUACAUUGUUAAAACCUUCUAGGUCCAAAAUGUCAGUGUUUUCAAGAAGCAGCCAUUCUUUCAACCAGCAAAAAGCUGCUGAUUCAUAGUAAAGUUUGAAGUCUGGCAGGGCAAAUCCACCUCUUUCCUUUGCAUAAGUUAAUAUCUUAAAUUUUAUUCUGGGCUUCUUGCCCUGCCAGACAAAUCUAGAGAUGUCUCUCUGCCACUUCUUGAAGCAAUCCAUUUUGUCCACAAUUUGCAAUGUUUGAAACAAAAACAACAUUCUAGGCAAUACAUUCAUUUUUAUCGCAGCAAUACGACCCAGCAGUGAAAGCUUCAAAUUUGACCAAAUUUCUAAAUCUUUUUUCACUUCAGCCCAGCAUUUUUCAUAGUUGUCUUUAAAUAGGUUCCCAUUUUUUGCUGUCAUAUUAAUCCCCAGGUAUUUCACUUUCUUAACCACUGUUAAACCUGUUUCAUUCUGAAACCUCUCUCUCUCAAUCGGUGUUAAGUUUUCUCUAAAACCUUGGUUUUUAACUUAUUCAGUUUAAAUCCAGCAACCUGACCAAAUUCUUGAAUCAGUUCUAAAACCCUUUUGGUACUAGAUUCUGGCUCCUGUAACGUCAGUACUAAGUCAUCUGCAAAUGCUCUCAAUUUGUACUGUUUAGCUCCGACUUGUAUACCUUUAACCAACUGGUCCCUUCUAAUCAUAUUCAGCAAAACCUCCAGGACCGAUAUAAACAGCAAUGGGGAAAUUGGGCAGCCUUGUCGUGUCCCUUUUUCUAUCUUAAAUUCUUCCGUCACCACAUUAUUUACAAUUAGUUUAGCCUUUUGUUCUGAAUAAAUUGCACUUAUACCGUUUUCAAAGCCUUGGCCUACCCCCAUCCCCUGUAGGUUCUUCUUCAUAAAACUCCAAGAGAUAUUGUCAAAAGCUUUCUCCGCGUCCACAAAUAUCAAAACUGCUUUAGUAUUUAUGUUCACUUCUAGUUUUUCCAAAAUAUCAAUUAUAUUCCUCAAAUUGUCAGACAAGUGUCUUCCCGGGAGAAAGCCCGCUUGGUCUUUAUGGAUCUCUUCCAUCAACACUUUUUUCAAUCUCUUGGCCAAAAUGUCUGCAAAAAUUUUGUAAUCCACAUUAAGUAAUGAUAUGGGGCGGUAGUUCUUAAGCUGAGUCUUUUCAGUCUCUGUUUUCGGUAUAAGUGUAAUAUACGCUUCUUUCCACGACUCUGGUGCCCUUUCCCUUCCAAUAUUUCAUUACAGACUUCCUUUAAAGGUUGUACUAACCACUCUUUCAAGGAUCUAUAGUAUCUAGAAGUCAGCCCAUCCGGUCCUGGAGAUUUGCCUAAUUGCAUGUUUUGAAUGGCACCUUCUACUUCCUGUUCAGAUAUUUUAUAAUUCAACAUUAAUUUACUUUCUUGAGAGAUUUUUUGUAAUCCAUUUGUCUUCAAAAAUCGAUCUAUGUCCAUUUCUUUCUGUGGCCCUUGUGUGUAUAAUUGUUUAAAGUACCUCUGGAAACAGUUUCUAAUCUCAGUUGGGUUGUGUAUGUUCUUUCCUUCCACUUCUAAAUUUGUGAUAGUAUUUAAUUUUUGUCUUUUUUUCAUUUGCCAAGCCAACAAUUUCCCACAUUUAUUAGCUGAUUCAAAUGUUUUUUGUCUCAUUUGUUUAAUUUUCCAUUCUAUUUCCUGAUUCAUCAUUUCCAUAUAUUGUACUUGAUAUAACUUUAUUUCUCUCAAAAUCUCCUGCAACUUUGGUUUUGCUCUCAAUUUCUUCUCGCUUUCUUUUAUUUUCUCCAGAAUUUUAUCUUUCUUCUCAUUUUGGCUUCUCUUCUUUAUAGCAUUCUGUUGUAUCAGAAACCCUCUCAUGACCGCUUUGCUUGCGUCCCAGAUUACUCUUUUUCUACAUUAGUAUUCAUAUUUAUCUCAAAAUAGUCUCUCAAGGUUUUUGGGCCUUUUUAUACACUUCUUCAUCUCUGAAUAAGGUGUCAUUCAUCCUCCAUCUGAAGGAGCCAGUUGAUAUUAGUUUCAUCUCCAUCCUUACAGCAUUAUGGUCGGAGCAGGUUUUUGGACAAAUUUCUGCUUUCUUUAUCUUUGGUGCCAUUCCUCUAGUUACCCAUAUUUGGUCGAUUCUAGUCCAUGUCAUCUUGGCUUCAGAAAAGAAGGUUCCCUCUCUUCCCAAGGGAUUCUUUGUUCUCCAAAUAUCAACUAAGUCCAAGUUGUCGGUCAUCUCAAAAAAUGUUUUCGGUAGUCUAUCAUCCUUGGUGACCACUUGUCUUUGUGCCUUAUCCAUAUUUGUAGAUACUACUCCAGGCAUAUCCGCCAUCAAAAUCAGAUUGUAAUCCAAAUAAUCCAUUAAGGUCUCAUGCAACUUUUUAAAGAAUUCAGAUUUCCCCUCGUUCGGUGUAUAAAUUCCUACUAUCAAAAAUUUCUCUCCUUGAACUUGAAUUUCAAUUGCCACAAAUCUUCCUUGGUCAUCUUUAAAAAUGAAUUUCGGCAAUAGUCUCUCCUUUGCAUAAAUCACUACUCCUCUUUUUUUAACUUUAUCAGAUGAAAUAAACUCCUGUCCCAAUCUCUUGUUAAUCAAUACUUUCCUGUGUAGCCUUAUCACGUGUGUUUCCUGUAGGCAAAUCAAGUCCAAUUGUUCCUUUUUAAUAAAUGAAAGACACUUUUCCUUUUCCGAGGAGAAUUGAGGCCAUUACAAUUCCAACUUAAAAGUUGCAGAGCCAUGAUGGGGUUACUUCGCUUUACCUCCAACUGCGCCAAGUGUUUGUUCUUGUUCUGUCGGUGGUGUCACUUUCUCUGGACCAUGCAAUCCAAAAGAUAAGUUUGCUAUAUCUAUUAUUCCUCUUUCCAGUGCUUUUGGCUCUUCUCCAGAUUCCACUUCUUUCUGUAGAUCUUCUCCGUGGUCUUUCAAGAAUUUAUCUUUAUCAUUGACUGAUCUUAUUUUUAUCUUUCUUCCUUUAUAUUUAAAAGACAGGCCUUGGGGGAAUUCCCACCUAAAGAUGAUUCUAUUACUUCUCAGCAGGGCAACCAGAUUAAGCCUUAAGUCCGUAAUUAAGCCUUAAGUCCAAAAGAUGUUUUGGAAUGUCCUUAAAUAUCUCCACACUUGAAUCAUAUAUUUCCAGAGUCUUUUGGUAAUGCAGAUUCAAGAUUUUAUCUCUCUCCUCUUUUGUUCGAAGGGUAAUCAAACAGUCUCUCACCUUGUUCUUCCUUCCUCCUCUUCCAAGUCUAAAUGCGCUCACUAUCUUAAAUUCUUCCUUCCCCAAAUCCUGUUGCCAGAAGUCUGCGAAUUCCUGCGUAAGAAAGUCAAUCAAGUUAUCUUUCUCAAGUUCUGGUACAGCCCUGAUUCUCAAAUUUCUUUGUUUCUCCUUAAAUUCAAUCAUAGACAACGUCAAACCGUGGUCCUCAAGUUGCCUAUAUAUCGGUGGUAUCUUCUCUUGAGUGGCAGUUGCUAUGUCUUUUGCUUCUUCAGCUGUCUUUCGGGUCGAAGCAGAUUCCUGUAACAAUUUCUCAAUAGUCUCUGUAUUGGUAUUCACCUUCUGUCCCAAAUUAUUGAUACUUGUAGUAUUUUGAUCAAUUUUAACUGAUGCUUCGGCUACUUGUUUAGUUAACUUUUCCAAAGAUUCAUUAAUUUUUCCUAGCGCCAGAGCCAAAACAUCUUCAGACGACAUUACUUUUGGUUUAACUUGUGGGGGUGCAGCCCCUGAUAAUCCAGAUGGUCCAGAAGGACCAGAUGUUGAAGCUCUUCGCUGCGAUGCAGUAUCUGUCUGAUAGGGUCUGCCAGACCUAGUAGUUUUUUCCUCUAACUUUCCUCUUCCAUCUGCCAUAACACUCUCAAGAAGUCCAAGGUCAGUCCCACGGUUAGAAUUUGUUUUGAAAUGGAAAGUUCCCCAAGCUUCAAGUUGUUAUUGUAGCAAUGUCCUCUAGGGGGACACAGUAACAGUCAAAACUUGCAACUUGAAAGAAAAAAAAGAAAAAAAAUAAUCCUUAUAGAUCCCCCAAUUCACGAAAAAACAACAGUUUCAAUUGCACUUAAUCAGUUACUUUAAAGCCAGGAGAAGUCCAGAAACACUGUAUCUCUCUUGCGGAGUUAGCUGUCAAAAGCUGUCAAAAGUACUCUGUUUACCGAUAGUGCUUUUCACAGAGCGGCAUUCCUUGUCUCAGGGCAGUCCGUUCCCAGGCUCUAAGCGAUGGAUUUUAGCUUCCUUUCCCUCUUUUUUUGCAGGUAGAUACAGUUCAAACCUUUCCCCCCUCCUCUCCUGCAAUCCGGAGGGCAGAUCGCUUUUCUGAUGUUAGGAUUUAAGUCUUUUUUCAAACGUCUUUCAAGGUUUCCGCUUACAGUCUCUUUGCUUUGAUCUAUUUACAAGAAAGGAAGGCGGACUUCCUGUUUAUGCCUUCCCGCUUCGGUGCCGAAUUAAAUUAUUUUUUCCUUUAAAUCCAGUUUUAUCCUACUCACGGGUAGUUACUUUAGAAGUCAAUUGUCCCAGGAAGAAGUCAGCGCUCUCCGAUAACGGCUGUGCGGCUUCACUCCGCGGAAAAAGCAGUCGACUCUCAGCACCGGAUCCCCUAAAAGGGUCCCUUCGCAGUUUGGGGGGGCGCAAAAGGUGCCCGCCGAGUCCCCACGUUCACAGGCUUCACCCGCCUGUGAUUUUUAAAGGGUCCCCGCUUCGGCAUCUUGACUAUUCCUGUUCAAUCAAGUGCAUAUCUGUGUCAAUUUGGGGCCAUCCCCUGAAAAAAAAAGGUAUAACAGGAUCUCAGGAAAGAGCAACGUGUUGCAUCAAAUACUGUGGUAGUACACACUAUUGUUUGUUUACAAAAUAUUUAUCCUAGUAACCUGUUUUACUUCUUUUCAAGAUGUCGUUUUGAUUCAUCCAUGCACCAAUGGCUGGAAGAAAAAACGCAAAUUGACCCAGUCAGAUGUUUCGCACCAGGCUUUUAGCUUUGAGACAAUGUGCACUCAGCUUCAUUCGAGAAAACCCAUAGAGUUUGAAAGAGAAAUACAAAAUGACAUGGUGUGUAAUGCUAGGCCUUGCAAAGAGAUGGGCAGUCAAACUGGAGAGUAAUGUAAAUUGGCAGAUAUCAAGUUUAGAAACUAUUUUGAUUUAUAAAAAUUAGCCCCAUACCCUAAAAUUGGUUCAGGAAAGCUAUGGGAUAGCUCACUCAUGUAAGGAAACUAUAGCUACACAGACUCCUGUCUCCCUCCCACCCUGAACAACACUGAAAUGUUUUCUGGUGACAACCAUGCCACUGUGAGACGUUGGGUGAUUUGUAGAGAUUAAUUUUCUUUCUGUUUCUCUUAACAGCGACCGGCGCAAAGCUAACUACAUGUAUAAAGUGUGGCAAGGAGCACUGGGAGACGGCUAAAACACAGUCAUGUCUUCAGUUUGGCGCACCAUUUCAGCUCUUCACGUGAACUACAAGAAACUGAUAUGCCUCUUGGUCGUCGCCGUAAGCGUAUGCCACAGUGCCUCUGCGAUGUGUCCUGCCGCUUGCAUUUGUGCCAGCGACAUUGUGAGCUGCACCGGCAAGAACCUCUCGAGAGUGCCCGCAGCGCUCUUCAAGCACACGAAAAGAUUGGAUCUCAGUCACAACCGAAUUGGGAUUUUGGAUCACGACUGGAUGCCAGUGUUGCUUGAUAAACUGGCCACCCUCAUCGUCAGCCACAACGGCAUCACGAGUAUCUCCACAGGAAGCUUUUCUGCGACUCCAAAUAUCAAGUACCUCGACUUGUCGUCCAACAGCUUGAGGUCGCUUGGCAGUCCUGUCUUCCAGGAACUGAGAGUUCUGGAGAUUUUGUUGCUGUAUAACAAUCACAUUGCCCAUGUCGAUUCUGCUGCUUUUGGAGGGAUACACAAAUUGCAGAAGCUCUAUUUGAGUUACAAUUCUCUCUCCCAGUUCCCGAUCGACUUGUACAUUGGGAAACGCAAACUCUCUGAACUUGUGCUAUUAGACAUUUCUUACAACCAAAUCCAGUCGAUACCCAUUCACUACAUGAGCUUAGUGCCGGCUAGACAUCUUAGUGGGAUCUAUCUUCAUGGGAACCCCUUUUACUGUGACUGCACACUUUACUCCAUGCUAAACUUCUGGUAUCUUAGACACUUCAGCUCGGUGGAGGAUUUCAAGGCUGAGUACACAUGUGUGUUGCGGUCAGGCUCCAAUAUGAAUAAACUGCCCUUAUUGCACGACAACUACUUGAAUUGCUCGGAAAGCACCAUCAAUGGCUCUUUCCACGCAUUUGGCUUUAUUCAGGAAGCUCAACUUGGGGAGAGGCUGAUCGUACCUUGCGACACUAAAAUCAGCGAUGCAGGCACCCACUUUGUUUGGAUCAGCCCAGACAAUCAGUUUUUGGAGCCCAGCAAAGAUAUUGAACACUUCAGAGUAUUUCUCAAUGGGAGUCUGGAAAUCGACGAGGUCCAGUAUGAGGAUGCUGGACUUUAUUCCUGCAUUGCAAUAAACAGGAAAAGACUGUUGAAUGAGACCAUCGAGGUGAGGAUCAAUGUGAGCAAUUUCACCGUGGACCGGUCUCACUCCCACGAAACCUUCAACACGGCUUUCACCACCCUCGCCGCUUGUGUAGCCAGCAUUAUCUUGGUCCUCCUUUACCUCUACCUGACGCCAUGCCCUUGUCGGUGCAGGUCCAAGAGAAGAAAAAGGCAGCCAAGCCAAAGUAACCCACAUGCCUCCAUAUUGACCUCGAAUCCUCCCCUGGACCUUCCAGCUGAUGAGAAAAAAGCCAGCAGCGGCAAGAGGGUGGUGUUCCUUGAGCCCGUGAAGGAGCCAAAGCCGGGACAGAAUGGGAAAGUAAAGAUGUUUCCUGGUGAGAACAUCAUUGCGGAAAGUAUCCUAAAAACUCCCCGAACGAAAUCGGAAUCCGAUUCCAUGAACUCGGUGUUUUCGGACACGCCUUUCAUGCCGUCCUCUUAGCUUCCUGCCUGCAUUCGCAUUAUAUGGCUAACUCUUUCAACAGCUAGCUGUCCUGCCUCUAGCCAAUCUUUAAAGAAUAGGGGAAACUCUUUCAAACCAAAAGAAAUGGUGAGUUCGUUCUGAUAGGUGGUGGUUACAUGCCCUUCAUUCUGUAAACCUGGACCAGUGCUGGGGAGGAACACUUUGCUAGAUGGCUUUUGCAGCUCUCUGCUUUGAAGAGGCCACAUCAUGGCAGAUGCCACAGCUGUUUCAAUUUCUGUGCUUACAGGCAUGUGAGUGCCGUUCAAUGAGUGGCGUUUGUUCGCCUCUCCCAUUCACUUCAGUGAAGCUUGUAUUGGAGAGCUUCCCAGCAGAUUAGAUCCUUGGCUGCGUACCUGUAUAGAAUUUGUGCAAUUGUAAUUAUCAGGGAUCAGAACCACAAUCAAUAUGGCUCCUAGAGCUUAGAUUGAUAGGGAAAGAGAGAAAUAGCCAUUUACUAAACUUCUAGUUUCUGCCUUUAGGCACUGAGCACAUAACAGAAACAAAGGAAGUGAUACAACAGAAAUAUUUCAGAAUGGGCUUUUGUAUAAAUUAUGACCUAAGCUUUGUGAUUUUGGGGGGAGGGGAGCUGUCAUCUCCUUCUGAAUACUAGAGAUUCAGUAGCCAGUAACCGAAUGUAUGAUUAUGUGGUAUAAAUAAACUUUCACUAUAUGAAAACUUUGACAGAAAACACUUGUCCAAAGUUACGAUCUAUAAACCACUUUAGCCUUUAAUGCUUUUCUCUCAAAAGGGUCAGCGCUUUGGUCCUAUUAAGAAAUUGGAGCCAGAGCGAUGUUCAACAGGUAAAGUUUCCCCACCAGUGCACAGAGAUGGGAGAAGCUGCACCUUUGGAAUAUCUGGGUUCCUCACCAUUCUUAAAGAGACAGGAGCUAUGUUGCUUCUGGAAUGUGGCCACUUCAGCCUACCUACUUAUUCUGAAACUUGCAUAUGUGGUGUGUGGCUUGAGGACAGAAUAUCUUAAGAGAGGAAUGCAGAGGAUUCGUUUGGAAGUAAAGGAACCAGGGUUUGUGCAAUUAGAUGUUUUGUAUAUGAGCUACUGCACUUUGAAUACUUUUGCUGACUUAAUGAGAGCCAUAAUGGAAACCACCAAUCCCAAAUUGAAUCCAGCAGGAGCAGCCAGGCCUUCUCAUUAUCAGCGAUUCAAUGGCUGGCAUGUCCGGACAUUGCCUUCUACAGCUGACGGGGGAACCUGGUUGCAUCCAAUUUCCCGGAUUGCAGCCUUACUUAGAAGAAUCGGAGUAAUUCGGCAGGUUUUUCAGAACAUAUUAAUGUACUAAUUUACAGGCAUAUAAAUUGCAAUGUAUCAAUUUACAGGCAUAUAAAUGACGAUGUAAUGAAAUUUGCAUUUCGUGGUUUGAUAUAGAAAGCAUCAAUUAAGUACUUAUUUCUAGGCUUAUUAGUUUCGAGAAUUUUCCAUUCCUAGCAGAAGAACUGGAAUUUUGUAGGAUUAGGCCUUUAUAGUGAUUUCCAUCUGCUUUAGUAUGGUUUUUGUUAUAAAAUAGACUACCAAAAAAAAAAAAGCCGUGUUGUUCCUAGAAAACAGAAGACCCCAAUAUUUUAGUGUUGUUUGUACUUUUUGCACUCUGAUCAAGUAGGUAUACUUUGCUGCAACAGCACAUGGAAUAGCUUGUUCAGCCAAGGCUUCAGUCGCAUUGUGUCCUUGGGAACUGGGAGAAGCCAGCCUUCGUGUUUUGCUUGCCAGUUGCAAUCAUCUUAUGAAGGUUGCUGUCAAAUAUUUCUCAUGUAUAACCAUGUUCUGUGUGGCGCUUGAAAUGCCUUUGGGAUGACCCUUGGAUGAGUUUUCCCCAGUCCUCCCCCACUUCUCCAUCCUCAACUGAGCCAAGGAGAAGCUUUUAUAUCAAGUUGUGUUUAAUGUGUAAUGUCUGGCUGGCAAAGUUUCACUAACCCUGUGAUGCUCUAUGCAUAAAGUACUGUCCUAGCAUCCUGGAUCUGAUCCGUUCCAAUAGCUAUGUUUCACUGAUGGCAGCGGUUGUUUAGUUUGAGCCUUGGAAGGACUCACAUACCAGUUCAUAAGAUCAAGCAUAGGGCUGGGUGAUAUCCGGUUUUCAACUUUGUGAUAUAUCACCAGCUACACAUCGCGAUAUGCCAAUAUAUCACAGUGUCUGAAAUAAGGAUGGAGCUAUGUAGAGGCAUUGGCUGGCUUCACAGUUUUUCCCCACAUUGUGAUUUUUGCAUAGCACUCAUGAUUCACAAUAUAUUGCCAGGUCAAAAAUUAUGAAACCGAUAUCACAAUAUGGACUUCAGACCUGUUUUGGAUGAUAUAUUGAUAUAUCGCCUAGUCCUAAGCAAGGACUAUACCCAAGCAACAUAGCUAUCAGCUCUCUGUACUCAACUUACACAAUUCCUGAUUUCCUUGCUUCAUUUCACCUUUUCUUGUACAUGGGGCUGAGAGUGGUUCACCUCCCACAGGGCUCCUUCUGGUGAAUAUAACUAAGGACUACUUGUUCAACAUGGGAGCUUAUAAAUCUAAAGUAAAUACAUAUAAUUUUAAACAUCCCCUUUCCUCAACAUUCCCCAUGACCUUCACCUAAUUCUUUGAUUCAGCAUCAAAAUAUCUUGAAAUAACCUUUUUGACUAGCUGCAGUCUCUUCUUUGGUGAAUAAUCAAGGGCUUAUACUGGUGCCGAAGGAAACUUUUACUGUCUUGGCCAUAAAGAUCUAAAUAACAUUUGUGGAUCAGGGUAGAUGGUAGAUCUAAAAAGGUUUGUAGUUCAAUGCAGUGGACACCAAAAUAGGGUAAUCAGUUUUGCAAGCUGGAGACCAGCUUUGGUCCUCCAAAAGUUGCUGAAAUAAAAUUCCCCUCAGCUCUUGCAAACAUGCUCUCGAUUCUCAAGUGCUCAAGGCAUGGCUUAUCAUUUCAAAUUGAAACAAUUUAGAUAGCAAAGGACAAGAUGAUACUGGGUGUAGCAGAAUUUGCCCACACACUCCACCAUCUUCGUUUCAUGGAAGGCAUGAAAUGGAUGCUGUCAAAUGUUUGGCAGGCUUUGCCUUGCUGACGCUUGAAUGACGUCUUGAAAGCCUGUGAGCGUGAACAAAAUUCAUGUGCUAUGUUGAAUCCAUGAAUCCUGCAUUCAAAGUGUCAGACAUUAUUUGCCACCCACAACCCUGCAUCAGGCUAGUGUAUUAUGAGAAGUAUAGAUAUGGUACUUGCCCAAUCUGACCCCCCUCAAUAUUCUGUACUACAACUCCCAUCAUUCCUGAGCAUGACAUUUGGCUUGAUCUGAUGGGAGUUCUAGUCCAGCAUUAGACUAGAGAAGGCCAGAGGAAAAGCGUCAAUUUGAGAAUGGAAGUUGGGUGUUGAAUUUCUAAGCAUAAAAAUAAUUGGUUGUUUUCAAUGUAAGCAUUGCCCAGGCAGGCACAUUAUGUGACCCAUGGGAGCAGCAAAGCAACCAGACUGUACAAUGGUGAUGGGAUAAAAGCAGACCAAAUCUCUAUUGACAGCAGCAGGCAGGGCAAGGGUUGGGAUGGCAUUGGGUCCCAGGAUCAGUUCAUCGUUCCAUGUUGAUGGAAUGGAUUUGCUGGGUUUGGAUCACUCUAAACUGGUAUGACAGGAGGCAGCCAGUGUUGAACCUUGCUGUGGUGUACGCCAAGCAAACAAGGUUUCACUGGGGGACCAGGGUGCAGAUUCCAACCAGGCUGAUACUGAUCCCACGUUUGGGUUUGCCGUGGUCAAUCCUCCCCUCAGGCCCCUUUGGGGCCCCCCUAUACUAUGUUGAUCCUGACCAAUGCCAUUUCCACCCUCAUACAAACAACGUUCUUCCACCUAACGAAAGAAAGCCACAGUUUCACUGAGGGAAAGGCAGAAAAAUACCCAGCCAAGUGCCAAUCAGGUUGAGAGAGAACCCGUGACCCAAAAUUGCUCAGUGAAGGCUCUAACCCAACGGUGGGAGGGCAAGAAGCUCUCAAAGCUCCAGGGGAAGCAGCCUUAUAUAGGCUUUCCCCUCCCCUUUUCAGCAAGGGCUCAUGGGACAGGUUUUUCCCAUGUGCCCAUCACAUAGAGAAGAUACUGGGCGAAACCUUGCCCAGUAUUUUCCUGCAAUCUAUGGACACAGCACCUCCAGGCAAAGUCAUCCCAUGCUUAUUUGACAUAGAACGGGGCCUAUCAAUGAGAGAGCCUUUUCAGUUGUGGCACUGUGUUGCUGGAAAAACUCUCCAGACAGGCUUACCUAAUGCUAACCUUGGUCAUGUUUGUGGCACCAGGCAACCUCCUCCUUACUUUGCCACCCUUUUAAAACCUUGGCAGUUGCACAGAUUCAUUCUGGUGUUUUGUGUGUUGUUUUCAUUUCACCAUGUGAGUUGAUAGUUAUUCAUCGCAUUCCUAUGCAUAUCUAUGCCAACACAAAUCCCAUUGCUUUCAGUGGAUCUAACACCUGGGUAAAUUUGUAUAAAAUUGCAGCCUUUUAAUAUCUUAAUUGUCUAAAGCACCUUAGAAGCAGUUCUGGUAAAGGGCAGUAUAAAAAUACUCUAAACAAAGAAAUAAGCCCUCAAGUUGUGACAUUUUGCAUAAGUGUGACAGAAGAUCGUCAAGGAAAAUGUUCUAGCCGGCUCACUGGAUAAUGAAGAAUUUGCUGCUGACCUUCGGAAGAGCAUGACCUAGCCUUAUAAGAAAGCGUUGCUUAAGGAAUCUAUUUUUUAUUGACGGAGAGAGAAAGAAAAGUUGCAGGAUUUGCUGCUGUGUGCCAUCUGUGCAUGGACAAAUUGGACUGUGCAAGGAGGAAAUGAGUUAUUGUAAAGAAGGAACAUUUUGUAUUUUCGUCAUGGAAAACUGGUGGAAACAGCAGUGUUUGAGCUUUUAGCAUUUGGUCUUUAACUGAUAGGUUGGGAUAUUUUAGUUAGAAAAGCCAUUACUUCCUAGAGGUUGGGCACAGCCGAUUAUACCCCUUUAGAAGUCCUAUUCAUUGCUCUGUGACUUGUGCAGGAUAAAAUCCAUCACUUUAAGUUACCAAAUGAUUACAAAAUGCAAAGUAGUAUGAAUAAAAUAACCACGGGAUCUUGAAGUUGUUGUCCAGUUAUGAGAACUGGAAAUGAACCUCAAAAUCAGCCCCUUGUAAUAAAUAUGCUAUGCUGAGUACAUUCAGUUCCCAAUAUUUGGGGCAGUAGUUCUGGUUAUCAAAAUGUGCAAAGUGAAUUGUUACUUCAGUAGCAUAGCUUUGUAUAUCAUAGAAGAGACUGAUGCUCAAUCUGCAGUGAGGAAUAAUUGUAAGAAUAAUCAAAGGCUUGCUGGAUCAGAUAAAUAUGAAUGUUGAACUUGUUUUUAGCUUAUGACUUGUACUGAUAAUUUUAGUGUACAUUUUAUAUUUUAUGCAAGUUUCACAGAGGUCUUUAGAGUUAAGCAGUUUGCAAAUUCUGCUAAAUAAAUGUCUACAACUAUACAUAUUCUGAGCGCAGGCACAAUGGUACAGCUGUUCUGGAAACACACAUUCUUCCCAAAAUUUCAGAGAGAUUUUGUUCCACCAGUUUGUAACAGAACCGAAUUGUACACAGCUGUGAUUGGGUGAGCAGUUGUGAGGUGACAAUCCCUUCUCACCAGGUUUGCAACAUUGAUUUUCCUGUUUUAAAGAAUGAGGGAACUAAAUAAUAUUUCACUGAUUGAAUGUACAUGUAGCGCUUUUGAAAGCGAAGCUGGAGAGCUCUUCUGAAGCGUACAAGAUUGACGACACAGUCAGUAUUGAGUUGUCAGCAAGGACACUUGACAAAUAAAUUGCAAAGGUGCAGGGAAGCCAGGCUCAGCACAAAUAAGAACAAAAAACCCACCCUAUGCUCAUUUCUGUUUCAGUGUAUGCUUAUACACAGUCCAUGUCAGCUUGCUUUUUUUAAAAAGAGCUAAUUAGUAUUGUUAAGUAUUUGGUUUCACUCUUUCUUUUAGCCAUUGCUUUGAUGUGUACUGCUACACAGGUAUUUCCUAACAAUUUAAAAGCUGUAAAUUUGACAUUAGGGGUGGACUGGUACUGCAACUUGUCCAUGUGUCAUGCCCUCCUCCAUCAGCCAGCCCUUGUGUCCGACCUGGACCCUGCAAUCAUCUUCUGUAGUCCUUCUUUGUGUGCUUCCUCCACUGAAGGUCUGGAGGGUGGCAACACAAGAGCAAGCCUUUUCUGCAGUGGCUCCCUGUUUGUGGAAUUCUCUCCCCAGGGACACUCGCCCAAUGUUUUCAUUACAUACCUUUAGGCGCCAGGCAAAAAUGUUUCUCUGUAACCAGGCCUUUGACUGAUAAACAUUCUAUGGCCUUUUAAAUGUGUUUGUAGGAGCGGGGGCUAUUGGUUGGCUUUUGUUUUAUUAUAUAUUAUUUAUUCUCAUUUUGUAAUUUUAUGCUGUGGACUGCCCUGUGGUCUUCAGAUGGUAUACAAAUUCAAUAAAUCUCAGACAGCCUAGAAAAUGAAUGGUUGCAGCUUUGAAGUAUCCCGAUAUUUUUAAAUGAUAUCUUAGUGGGAACUGCCUUAAUUGGCUCUUCUAUGUUUUCAUUGUUAGGGAUUGUAUCCAAUUAAGUAAUACUCAAAGAAGACCCAUUGAAAUCAAUGGGCUCGAGUUAGUCAAUAGACUAUUUCAGUGGGUCAGUUCUAACUAUGAAUGUGUCAGAUAAACCCCCAUGUUUAUUUGCUGGUUUUAUAUUUUAUUAUUUAUGCAGCGUGUGAAUCAUUUGAUUGAAUUGCUGAACAUCACCCUGGAAUGUUUUGAAUGAGAGUGAUUAAGAGAUUUUUUAAAAUGCUGAAACACCAUUAACAAAAUACAAACUCUCAGUGUAUCUCACCCAUCUCCUAACUGUAAAGCAAAUGCAACUCGUCCCAUGAAAGAGCACAUAUAUGUAACCCACCAGCAGUAAACUAAGUUAGCUAAAUAGGACCAAAACACGACCUCCAUAGAAAUUAGUGCUGGCAUCUAAAUUGAUAGAGAGGAUUUAGGCAACACAGCUGAUAAAUCUCUGAGCUGAACAUGGAGAUCAGCUUAACUUACCUUCUUGGACUUAGUAAAUCUACUUGAUAUAUCAUCAUGACUAAAGCUGUUCUAUGUCAGUAGAUCAGAGUUUUCUCUUUGAUGUAGUAGCUGCCUGUAGGUAUUUUAUUAUGGUCCUGAAGCAUCUGUUUGACAUACUCUCUGAGGACUAAAAUUUUCCGUGGAUGUAUUUUUAUUUAUUUUUGUCCUACUAAUGCAAAAUCGUGAUACAUGUUGUCAAAGUGUUACAUUAUUCUAAAACAUGGAGGUCUGGUAUUCAGAAGACUGCUCUGUAAUUCCUCUGAGAUGAAGACAUCUAUUUGUGCAAAUAAAAAAUAAAGAAAAGAUCUGUUUAUUGCACACAACAAGAGGGGAACAUUGGUGUAUCCAUGCUGGAAAUGUGCAGCUGUACAUACGUCCAGGGAUGAUAGCAUUUGGCAUGGGACCCAUAUAGUGCUUAAAUAAAAAUUAUUGAGUCUCAAACUAAGAUGAAAGCCAUAAAUUCUGACUUUGGAAUUUCAACCCCCCGGUUGUAUUUACUGAGUAGUUACAGCAUGCAUACGCAACAUUUUCUUUAUGUACCAUUUUCUUUAUAAUGGGUGGUUUUCAACUAAGUCUUACUGAAAUUAAGGGACCUAAGUUGGUUAUGUUCAUUAAUUUCAAUGGGUUGACUCUGAAUAACACUUAGUGGAAUGCCACCCUGUGUCACAUGAUCUAGGCUCAAAUCUUAACCUUGAAGUGCUAGUGUUAAGUUGAGCCAGAGAUUGCUAGGAGUUAAGUCCAAUAUCCAAAACACCAGAAUACUUUUUGUGUAUAAUUGUGAUAAAUUAUUCCUGAAUUUACCCUUGCAUUAGCGGAGAGCUUCAAUAAAGAAAACAGAAUAUUUAUUUCCCAUUCUAAUGUAUUUUCAGCUUCUUACCCUCUUUUAAAAAGAUCAAACAGCUAUAUGAAGAAACAGCAAGGUGCGUUGAUAUUGUCUUCACAAGUUCCUUGUGUUUAUAUUCUCACUUUGUGUUGCAUACGCUCUUUUUUCUGUACAAACCUUUUUUUGUAUUUCUUUGUAGAAUGAUUUAAAUUGACUGGAAAUAAAUAUUUUCCCAUUAAAUC